AUGGGUCCAGACCCGGAACAACAAUUUGUAGGUCACACAAGAGAAUCCGAGGUGCUACCGUCAUUGCCACCCCGCCAGCCACCGCCCGAGGAGGACGCCACUGAAGUUGUAUUCAGGAAUCAAGAACAAGCUACGCAGGCGAGCUCGUGGGGUCGGUCACGGUUCUCAAACGGCCGCGAUAUCAACACUGAGUUCAUACGAUCACAGCAAAAUGCUGACAUUGGAGCACCUCCCUUACCGAUAACGGGGCCUCCCCACCGCCCCCCAUUGCCUGAUCGACCGCCGACAUUACCCGAACGCGGACCGAACAUACCCGAACGAAAUACUCAAGAAAAACAGUCCGUAUCAGCUUUAGUCAACAGUUAUCAACAAAGAAUGACUGGCAACUGGCAGCAACGUGAUGCCAAGGACGCCAAUGCCAAUAGAACGGCCUCUUGGCAAGGAUAUUCCAGUAAUAACAACUGGCAGAAUGUUGAGACUACGUCACAUUUUUAUGCUACAAGCGAAACGGCUUAUGGAGGCAGUAGCGGAGGCAACACUCGGCCAGCGUCUGUCGCUGGUAGCGGAGGCUCGCCAGCUUUAGACCAGAGACCAGCUUCAAGGUCAUCAGGCGAGUCCGAGCUCUCAGUGAGUGGGGUCUCAAAAGACAAAAAGGACAAGAAGGGGAUCCUCGGGGGUCUAUUCAGCAGAAAGAAGAGACCCCAAAGUCAUAUGUAAUGUCACUGUCAAAUAACUGUCAAAUUGCUAUGAAACAUGCUGAUUUAAAUGCAAGUCUUUUAAGACAUUCCUUGACACAACUCUGCUUAUUCUUUUUAAGGAUAUUAGCGUGUUUAAUUUACUUUAAAAUAGUUUUUGUUAUUGUAACAUAAUAUUUGUAUAUUAUGACACUUUUUUUUUACUUUAUUGUAAUAUUUGAAACUUAACUCUUUUUCAUCAAUUUGACAGCGUUGACAAGUCAGUUUGUAUAUAAGUUUUAUCGAGUAUACAUACAUACAUUAAAUAUUUUUUUGUAAACAAUAAGUAUAAUUAAAUGAAUAAGUUGUUAAAAAUCGUGCCUUUCGAAGAAUCAUGUGAAAAUACAUAUUUUUGUCGUUUUUCUUGAUUAUAAUAAGUUUAUAAUAAACAGUGACUUUUAUUGUGAGGUUAUGUUUGGCGGGCUUUUUUGACGUUUGUUUAAAUAUGGCCGCGGAAUAAAAGUCGUUACUUUUUAAAACUUAUUUUUCUUAAUUAAGUACAUAUUUAUAUAGGAUAGUUAUUGCCGUUUUUAAAUACCCAUUUUAUUUGUUUAUAUUAUUACACAUUCCUCUUAACAACCCACGAUCUUGGCGAAAAUAUAUUUUAGUAGUUGAUCAAAAAUAUUUUUUAACCUAUGGGGACCAAUUCAAAAGUAUUAUUAAAAUAUGAAUAUAAAAAUUUAUAUUGCAACUUGUUAUAUUCGCAAUUGUUAAAUGUUAAAAUUAAAUGUUAUUGUUAACAUUAAAGUUAAGCAACCGUUGUUAAGGUUGCAAAAAUGAUGGGUCGAAUCUAAGAUCGUGGUACGGUGUCACAAAUUGGGACCAAAAACUUGAAACAUGGUCUUUUUAGUUGUUCUUUUAAAAUGUAACUAAAUUUUUAACCUUUUACGGGUUAAGAAUGUAAUAUUAUUAUACAAAAGUAUAAAAUAAAAUUGAAAUAAAUUACAUUUCAAUUAAAUUCGACAAUAAUAAGUUAAAACUAAGUCAAUGCGGUAUUUUAAAAGGUUACAUGUUGAACUUACAACUUUUCUAUUAAAAACUGUUUUUAAUACAUGAAAGUCUCUAGUAUAUAAGCAUUAUUAUAUUUAAGCAAAUAUUUUAUUCGUAUUUAUAAUAUUUUCAGACGGAAACUCGAUAAAAAACGAAAAUACGAUAAAACACUUCCAUUCAAUUUUAAAAUAUUCAUUCAUUGUUUCAUUUCGUUCACUUGUAACUUUUGCAGUGUUUUGUAAAAAGAUAUUAAAUUAUUCAGAAGUUAGGUUGUUUUAAAAUACCCCUGGUUUUAAUUUUUGAGUUUCCGCGAGUUUCCGGUCUGUCGAAUAUCAUCAUAAUAUUUGUUAAAAGUUAGCAUAAUCUAAGUUAUCGAUUACUUUUUUUUUCGUUCUUAAAACAUUAUAAAUUCUAAUGUCAACUUAAUAAAAGAAAUUUAAAAAUA